UCCUUCCUAAGACGAGGUCAGUAACUUGUGGGUCUGAGCGCAUCAGCUCACAGCAGAUGUGGAAUAUUCCUCCAGACAGAUGGUUUCAUAAGGAGAGAAGAACUGGCGAGCGAGCGCAGCUUCCUGAGGAGAGAUGAAGGUCAUGGAGGUUACCGUGAUCACCAGCCAUCUCUUCUGUAUCCUGCUGACUGUAACGGUGGAGGCUCAAGUCAACCCAGAAAUGUGUCGUUAUCCUCUUGGCAUGACCGGCGGACAGAUCCAGGAUGAGGACAUCUCUGCGUCCAGCCAGUGGUCGGAGUCCACUGCUGCAAGAUUUGGAAGGCUGGACUUUGACAACGGAGACGGGGACGGGGCCUGGUGUCCCGACAUCAUGUCGGAACCAGACGGGCUGAAAGAGUACCUGCAGGUGGACCUGCGCUCGCUGCACUUCCUCACGCUGGUGGGCACCCAGGGGCGCCACGCCGACGGCAUGGGCAACGAGUUCGCCCAGAAAUACCGGAUCAAGUACAGCCGCGACGGCAAGAAGUGGAUGAGCUGGCGUGACAGGAAGGGAAGGCAGGUCAUCGAGGGCAACAGAAAUGCGUAUGAUGUGGUCCUCAAGGAUCUGGAGCCUCCCAUCAUUGCGCGAUUCGUGCGCUUCAUGCCGGUGGCGGACCACUCCAUGAUCGUGUGUAUGAGAGUGGAGCUCUACGGCUGCGAAUGGCUGGAUGGUCUGGUGUCUUACAGCAUCCCAGAUGGACACCAGAUGAUCUACAGAGGCCUGGACGUCUUCUUCAACGACUCGGUGUACGACGGCACAUCAGCUGAAAGGCUGACGAAGGGCCUGGGCCAGCUGACCGACGGCACGUGGGGCCUGGAUGAUUUCCUACACAGUCACAUAUACGGCAUGUGGCCCGGCUACGACUACGUAGGGUGGAGCAACAACACGUUCCCCAAAGGCUACGUGGAGAUGAUCUUUGAUUUCGACGACAUAAGGAACUUCACCUCAAUGAAGGUCCACUGCAAUAACAUGUUCAGCCGUGGCGCGAAGGUGUUCAGACAGGUCACUUGUUACUUCCGGUCAGGAUCUGAAUGGGAGGCGGAGCCGGUGACUUUCAGGCCCACUGUUGACAAUGUCAGCCAGAGCGCCCAGUUUGUCACCGUGCCCCUCGGCGAUCGCACGGCCAGGACCGUCAAGUGUCGUUUCCACUUCAGCGACGUGUGGAUGCUCUUCAGUGAGGUGGCCUUCCAAUCAGGUUCUGCAGUGUACAACAGUUCAUUUUCCCCUCGCAAACAUGGACAUCCCACAAACACACUGCCAGGGGACGACCCCACUCACAAAGUGGACGACAGCAACACCAGGAUCCUGAUCGGCUGCUUGGUGGCCAUUAUAGCCAUCUUACUAGCCAUCAUUGUCAUCAUACUGUGGCGGCAGGUCUGGCAAAAGAUGCUGGAGAAGGCAUCCCGCCGCUUGUUGGACGAUGAGCUCACAGCUCGUCUUGCCAUCCAGAACCAGGCCUUCUCCUUCCAUCACUCCUCUCUGUCCAGCGACGGCGGCUCCACUUCCUUCUCCACCUACGAGAGGAUCUACCCCCUCUGUGCUGACUACCAGGAGCCGUCUCGCUUCAUCAGGAAACUGCCAGAAUUUGCUCAGUCCACCGAAGACCUGGGGUCCCCCACCUGUGGCCGAGCGCUGGCAGCCACCGGCCCCGAGGGGGCUCCGCACUACGCAGAGGCAGAUAUCAUCAGUCUGCAGGAGUCCUCCGACAGCAGCACACACUCCAUCACCGCCGUCAAGAUGAAUCUCUUUGCUGGCACCGUUUCAUCCAUGAGAGAGUUUCCCCGGGAGAAGCUCACCUUCAGGGAGAAGCUGGGGGAGGGACAGUUCGGAGAGGUGCACUUGUGUGAGGCGGAGGGCAUGCAGGACUUUUUGGAUGAAGAUUUGCCUAUUGAAGGAGACAAUGAGUCACCUCUGCUGGUUGCCGUUAAAACACUGCGGGAAGACGCAAACAAGAACGCAAGGAAUGACUUCCUGAAGGAGAUCAGAAUCAUGUCUCGUCUACGGGACCCCAAUAUUGUCCGCCUGCUGGCGGUGUGCGUUGAUACAGAUCCCCUGUGCAUGAUCACGGAGUACAUGGAGAACGGAGACCUCAAUCAGUUCCUGUGCAAGCUCAGGCUGAAGGAGGCGCCUGAUGAGGACACGCCGGGGCAGGAGGAAGAGACGGACAUGGUCAGUUACAUUAAACUGAUCGGCAUGGCGAUGCAGAUUGCAUCUGGUAUGAAGUACUUGUCUUCUCUCAACUUUGUCCACCGUGAUCUGGCUACCCGCAACUGCCUGGUGGGGAAGAACUACACCAUAAAGAUAGCUGAUUUUGGCAUGAGCAGAAACCUGUACAGAGGGGACUACUACCGCAUCCAGGGCCGAGCCGUCCUCCCUAUCCGCUGGAUGUCCUGGGAGAGCAUCCUCCUGGGGAAGUUCACCAUGGCCAGCGACGUCUGGGCGUUCGGAGUCACUCUGUGGGAAGUUCUGACUCUGUGCAAGGAGCAGCCCUACUCUCAGCUCUCUGACGAACAGGUCAUUGAAAAUACCGGCGAGUUCUUCAGGGACCAGGGCAAACAGGUGUACCUGCCAAAGCCUCCCUGUUGUCCUGACCGGAUCUACCACGACCUCAUGCUGAGCUGCUGGAAGAGAAACGCCAAGCAAAGGCCCAGCUUUCAGGAGAUACACGCCCAGCUGGUGGCCAGCAUGGCGUAGCGGCUGCAAUUAAUGAACUGUCUCCCUUGUUUCAUCAAAUCAGAGCCAACACCUUAGAUGUUGACCUCUCCGUUAGUUCUCAGAUGUCCCAAUAGUGUUUUUGAUAAUGAAACUUAAGAAGAAUUCUCCACACACUUGAAAAACACAAGCUGAUGUUGUGCAGUUAGCACUAGUCACAACGUGCAUUCACACGCCUCUGUGUAUCUUUUACUCCCUUGAUUUUCUUAUGCCGUGUCUAUUUAUAGAGUGCGCCAUGGUAAUCCCAGGUAACGCAGUUGUGAAUAGUUUUUAACCAUGUAUGUACAUAUAAGUCUUUUACUGCACUUGUGGCAUUUUUUUCUAAAUUUCUAUUUAUGCUUGUUAUUUUCAUGACCUUUUUUUCCUGAAUGCCAGUGUCUUUUACUAGUCCAAAGUUUAUACUCAUAUUUUAUUGAUUCAUUGUGAUUUUUUUACUACUGUAGAAAUAAAGUCAUUGUAUAAAGUUAAACAGUAGAGAAGAGCCAACAUAAAU